AUGUCCUUCCCCAGCGACCAACGCCGCUACAGCAUCGGCGCAUCUCUGACCGGCUCCCCACCAAAGCACCCGACCAUCCUCCCUCCCGCCGCAGUGAGAGCCUCAGCCCGGGUCUCGCUGUGCACGACUCCCCAGAACAAGUUCCGCAUCGUUGCAGAGAGUGCGGACGGAGCGUUCUUCUGUGUCGAUGAGAUGAGCAGUGCUCCUUCAGCGCCGAGCCCGAUUGAUGGUGACGCCAAGCUGCCUAGGAUCGACACCUCCUAUGCGGACGAGGUGGACAUGGAUGACUGGGCGCGCACGCCACUCCCCGACAGGCGGAAACUGCACCACUCGCUCUGGCCCGAAACGCCUGGCCAUUCAAUCUCGAGUUCAUCUAGUGCCCGAGCCUUGCCUCCGCCACCGCUCGACUUGAGUGGGGCCAAGGCGCUGCAGGCAAUGCAGAAGCAGCAGCAGCAGCAGCACCGCCAGCGCGUCGUCGAGGCUGACAGAGUGGAGCACAUUGUCCACCAACAGACGCAGGAGAAGCUUGAACGCAGCGAAAGAGUCGAGCGACACUACCAGCACCUGAGGGGCGCAUCGCUGUCUUCCAUCCCCAGGCACCCCUUCGCUGUUCCCUCAGCGAGCUACGCCCAGAACAAUCAAUCCGCCCGCUCCACAUCUUCUCAGACCACUCAGUCCACGCAAUCGCAGGUGUCGGAGAUCAAGCGCUCCGGCUCUCGCCUGCAACGUGUGGGCCGUAUCCCUGCUCAAGCCACACCGACAACUACUCCCGAAGCUACGGUCCCACCCCGCGUUCUUCCUGCGCCUACUCCUGCCACCGCCGUGACCGCCGCAACAGUGGAGACCGAGCCGGAGGAGGAAGAAGAGAUCCACUUUGGCACCACCGUCCAGCGCGCGCAGAGUGUCUCCCGCGCGCACCCGGCCAUCCUCGUCGACCUGGCGGGCUUUGCAAGCGACGACUCGCAUGCAUCGCAUCGUUACGCCUACCAUGACCCUGAGGGGUUGAGACUUUCGCAUGGGUCAUUCGGCCCGCGGACCAAGGUGAACAGCAAGGCAAGUGGGAGCGCGACCAGCUUCAGCCCGCUUAGCCACCGGACCACGCCCCGCAGCUCACCCAGCGAGCUCGACGUAAGCGGUAGCAAUGGCAACACCGCUCCUCUGACCGUGCGCUCCCCGGAGAAGGCGGAAGCUUACGUCCCACCCCAUCGUCGCGCGGGCGCCAUAACUCCAAGCCAUGCACCAACACAGAGCCAGCUCCUGCGAGCAAUCGAAGCGCAGAUCAACGACUCCCGGCCUGUCGAAUUUACGCCCGCCCCAUCCCCGAUCUCACGCCGAACCACACGCGUGCGGGGGCCGCUGGUUCCCCUCCGUCCCGGGGUGCCUAGCACGCACCCUUUGCCACCAGACGUUUCGCCAUCGCCGAAAGUGAAGGGCAUGUACCCUGCACCGAUUGCUGAGGCUAUGCUCGCGCUCAUCGGGAGGCGCAACCACGUCGUGCACAUGCAGGAGGUCGAGCUUCGGAAACAGAGUGCGGAUGACAGUUCGGUCGUGGAGCUCGGAGAUGCGGCAGGCGACUCGGAGCUGGCCGAAAGGCAGUGGAAAGAGAGGGAGAAGAAGUGGAAGGAGGCAGAGAGGAAGGAGAAGGAGAAGGAGAGGAGGGAGGCGGAGAGGAAGGAAAAGUACACCUUCAAGCCUCCUCGAGGCCUGCUUCCCUCCGUCGUGCCUGCCCCGUCUGGGCCACCGCAGCGUCCGCCUCGCUCACCCCUCCGCCUUUCGAUCAAUGCCCCGCCGCGUCCCCCACGCUCAGAUCUCCGUCCGGAACACCGGCCCGAACUUCGUCCUAUGGUGCCGAGUCCCCAGACUCCGGGCGUUAUGCACGACAUCGCCCUUACUCCAGUCGCAGUAGACUUCAGCCAGCCGCGACCAUACUCUCUCUCCUCACCCCGACCCAAGAAGACCCGCUCGUGGUAUGCACCCCUGAAGCGUCUGUCGAACAGGGGUGACUGGGCAGGUGCCAAGCCCGUCAAGCUCGGAAGCCGCGUUGAUCUCUAUGAGCCCAGCGACAAGAGCAGCAAGGGCAGCAAGGUCACGCUCGAGAUCCCCCAGGGAAGUACUACGGCUCUCCCGCCAAAGAGUCCGGGUCUGACACCGAGGACACCGCACACGCCCCGUCUUGCCGCAGCCGAGGCUGGGUUCCUUCCCUCUCUUGCCCGUCGCAGGGCCUCUAAGCCACCGACAGACGACAAGAAGCGCAAGAAGCGGCUCAUGCUCGGUCUCGGCGUUGCGGUUCUCAUUGUCAUCGUCGUCCUUACGAGUGUCCUCAUCGCGAAGAACAAGCAGCGCGGUGGGCAGCCGGCAUCCGAAUCUGAGGAGGGCGAGAGGAAGCAGCAGGAGGAGCAGGAAGCACAGAAGGUGCGGGACAAGGGGCUCGAGUGCGCGCGGAGCUGGGUCAAAGGCGACAACGCAUCCUUUGACUGUUACGUGUGCUACGACCCGUUAUCACAAUUGCCGAAUGACUACGUUAACGCCACUGCCGGUGUCAUAGGAGUUGGUGAGGCGCUGCAGUACUGCACGCUCAUGAACAUCUGGGACCGGGUGGAGGACGACAAGCACCUGAAGAAGUGGGGUGAGACGCAAUCACCCUGCAGGUGGACGGGCAUCGGGUGCGACAGACUUGGACGGGUAACGGCUCUUGAGCUCCGUGGUUCCUCUGUGCCAGAAUCAAUGCCGGACCUGCGGCACCUCGUGAGCCUCCAGAGCAUCCGCCUGGAUGGCAACAGCUCUGCACCGUCGGGAACCCUCGAUCUCAGCGAGUUGGCGAACUUGACCCUCGUUAAUGCCGAGUGGACACUUCUAGAGAAGUUGAAGGUCGGAAACGCCUCUUCGGUCGUUCUGAUUCACAAUGAGAAGCUCGCCCUCCCGGACCUGAGCAACACGACGGUAUCCACCCUCUUCAACAGGAUCAGUGGUCCCCUGCCCAACAUCGACAUCGACCUGACGGGCCUCUUCGUCCAGGGCAACUACCUGACGGACCUGGGACGCCUGCCCGAGUCGCUGCAGAAUGCGAAUUUCAGCUUGAACCCGCUCACGAACACUGGCGAGUUGUGCAACCGCAAACUGGUCACCUGUGAACUCAAGAAGACCAAGCUGAAUGCUACCACUUGUGGAACAUGCCUUUUCAGUUGA